AUGAAGGAAACCUGCCGCAUCUGUGCCCGGGAGCUGUGCGGCAACCAGCGGCGAUGGAUCUUCCACACGGCGGCCAAGCUGAACCUCCAGGUGCUGCUCUCCCACGUCCUGGGCAGGGAGCUGUGCCGGGAUGGCAAAUCCGAGUUCGCUUGCAGCAAGUGUGCCUUCAUGCUGGACCGCAUCUACAGGUUCGACACCGUCAUCGCGCGCAUCGAAGCCCUCUCCAUCGAGCGCCUGCAGAAACUGCUGCUGGAGAAAGACCGCCUCAAGUUCUGCAUUGCAAGCAUGUACCGCAGGAACAACGAAGACUCUAGCGCAGAUGACAGAGCUGGGGAUGGGACUGUGGACCUUUCUAACCUGCCUGAUGUACGGUAUGCUGCCCUCCUUCAGGAGGACUUUGCUUAUUCUGGGUAUGAAUAUUGGACGGAUCAAGAAGACCACAGCUUGGAGCUGCACAGCUGCCAUGCUUCGGAGGGAGCAAGUAACCGCCCGCGGCGCUGCCGUGGUUGCGCCGCGCUGCGGGUGGCCGAUGCCGACUAUGAAGCGAUUUGUAAAGUGCCGCGAAAGGUGGCCAGAAGCAUCUCCUGUGGGCUGUCCAGCCGGUGGUCAGCCAGCAUGGGCAACGAGGAGUCCUCUGUGUGUGAUGUGGCGGAGUCCACCAGCGCCAGAGUGCCUGUGGAUGGGGAGAGCAUGGAGGAAGGCACGCCUGUGUCAUCUGUUGAGUCCCUGGACACAACUGUGGAGGCAAGCCCUCCCCAGCAGAAGGAUGAAGAUGCAGAUAAGGGGGUGAAAGGGAAAUGUGAUGAUUUCUCAGAUGACCGCAUGACCCCAAACUCUUCGCUGAGCGGGAACAGGCUGGAGCUGGCCCUCAGUUUGAUCAAGGCUUUGGACUACAAGCCCCUGCAGAGCCCCCGAGGCAGCAGGCUACCUAUUCCUGUGAAGUCCAGCUUGCCCCCUCCCAAGAUCAACCGUGACUUGGCAGAUGGCAGUGCUUCUGCUGGCUUAGCAUGUGCUGGUUCUGCCUUCCUGAACGCAGACAGAAAAUCCUUUUCCAAAGCUCCUUUGGGUCUUUCCCUGGAGAUUUCUGAACUGCAGGAGCUGUGGGAUGACCUCUGUGAGGAUUAUAUGCCGCUGCGGGUACAGGUAGAGGUCAUUGUGCCACUGUUCAAUUGA